GCAGCGCACAGCUGAGAAUGAAGAGGUUCUCUCGAAAGCUGGCUUUAGCUGUUGCUGGGGUCUUUUGGAUAGCCGCAUUGCUCUUUUUCAUCAUCCUAAACAGUCGGAAAAUAACUGAGCAAAACUCAGAGCGACUGGAAAAAAAGAUCUUAAACACAGAAUGGGAUGAUUUAUUGGAUGAGUUUGAAGAAAAGAAAUAUCUCAGUGCUCACAGGUGGAGGCCAGGCCAAGAUCCCUACAGCCAGUAUGCCUUUAACCAGAGAGAGAGUGAGAGGAUACCCACCAACAGAGCACUUAGAGAUACACGCCAUUACAGAUGUACAACAUUGCACUAUGACAGUGAGCUGCCAUCCACCAGCAUUGUGAUCACAUUCCACAAUGAGGCACGUUCCACUUUACUGCGCACAGUGAAAAGUGUACUGAAUAGGACACCUAUGCAUCUGAUUCAUGAAAUCAUUCUGGUGGAUGACUUCAGUGUGGACCCAAAUGACUGCAUUCUUCUUACCAAGUUACCCAAAGUAAAGUGCAUUCGCAAUGAUCAAAGAGAAGGGCUAGUCAGGUCUAGAGUUAGAGGGGCAGACACAGCCAAAGCAGAUGUCCUCACUUUUUUGGACAGCCACUGUGAAGUCAACAAAGACUGGCUGCCUCCACUCCUUCAAAGAAUCAAAGAGGACCCCAGCUGUGUCUCCAGCCCAGUGAUUGACAUUAUCAACAUGGACUCAUUUUCCUAUGUGGCUGCUUCCUCAGACUUGCAGGGUGGCUUUGACUGGAGUCUCCAUUUCAAAUGGGAGCAGCUGUCAGCAGAGAAGAGAGCCAAAAGAGCAAACCCCACAGAACCUAUUAAGACACCCAUUAUUGCUGGAGGGCUCUUGGUGGUGAACAAGUCAUGGUUUAACCACCUGGGAAAAUAUGACACUGACAUGGACAUCUGGGGAGGAGAGAACUUUGAGAUCUCAUUUAGAGUGUGGAUGUGUGGAGGAAGUCUGGAGAUUAUCCCGUGCAGCAGAGUUGGCCAUGUCUUCCGCAAGAAACACCCCUACAUCUUUCCAGAGGGCAAUGCUAACACUUACAUAAAAAACACAAGACGCACUGCUGAGGUGUGGAUGGAUGAGUACAAACUUUAUUUUUACUCAGCUCGACCUGCAGCCAGGGGCAAAUCCUAUGGAGACAUUCGUGGCAGACAAGAACUUAGAAAAAGACUCAAGUGCAAAUCCUUUCAGUGGUAUUUGGACAACGUCUAUCCGGAACUCAAAGUUCCUGAUGAUUCAAAUGCAAAGUCUGGAGUGAUUCAGCAGAGACAAAACUGUCUGGAGGUUCAGCAAGCCAAGGGCCAAGAUCCCCCUGUGCUUAAUCUUGCCCUCUGUAUCAGCACAAAUGAUGUUCCUGCUUCACAUCAGCUUGCCAUGAUAAUAAUGUGCUUUAAAAUGUGUCUACAUGGAUUUACGCAGGAGUGGAUUUACACUCAUGGCCAGCAGAUUCGCCAGAAGCAUUUCUGCCUGUCUGUCUCCAACAUAAUCCCUCCUUCACAGAUUGUUCUCUUGCCCUGCAACAUAAAUGACAGCAAACAGCGCUGGCAGAAAUCAGGCACUCACCUUGAACACCAGGCAUCACAGUUCUGUCUGGACAGUGAAAUGGCUUUAGAUGGUUUAGACAGCAGCAGGAUGCUGGUGAUCAGCCCGUGUGAGUUUUCACUGCAAACACAGAGAUGGGAGGUGCCUUUUUCUUGAUCCAUCCCAAAGAAUGAGAGAGGCAUUGGUGUGUACCUCCUUGAAAACAAAACCAACCAGCUACAUAGCUGCUCUACAAUAAUGAGGGUGUCAAUAAUCACAUUGCACUGCAGAACAAAACUGGAAGCUGGACACACCAAACCAGAAAGGAACAUGCAAACCUGUGCAAGACAGUUAAAACACCCACUUGAAUGCAGCAAGAAAGCAUUUUUGUUCUUCAGAGUUACCGCAAAGCAAAGCACAUGUGUAAUAAAUCUGCUUGUAUUUACCUUUAUUUAAUAAAGUCUAUUUUUCUUAAUGAA